AUGUUCUCAGUGCUUUAUGAUAUGACAAUUUCGCAGAUUUUAGUAUGUGCUUUGGUGGCGGUGGUUGCCGCAGCCCCAGACCACUACGGACCACCUCCGGCCAGGUUCUAUGGCAUUCCCGGGGCGUAUUCAGGUCCAGUCAUUCCCAUCCUGAAGGACGAGCGUGAGGGACCUGACGCAUCAGGAGUGUACAGCUUUGAGUUCGAGACCGGCAAUGGCAUUAAGCGUGAGGAACAAGGUGCCCCUCGAGGACCGUCUGGCGCAGUGGCCAUGCAAGGAGGAUGGUCUUUCACUUUCCCCGACGGCUCUCCCGCCGACGUGACUUUCGUCGCCGACGACGCUGGUUACCGCGUCGAGUCCGACCUGCUGCCCACGCCCCCUCCCCUCCCCGCCCACGCCAUCGCCCAGAUCGAGAAGGCUCGUCGGGAGGACGCAGCUGCUGCCGCCCUCAGCGGGCGUUACUCUGCCCCUCGGACUACUUAUGGAUACCCUUACUUCAGUUUCUCUGCUUUCGUUGACUCCUUUUCGGUCCCUAUAUGGAGAUAA